GUCCUUGCUUCGUACACGACGUCGUAUUGCUGUUGGAGCACAGUAUUCCCCUGAUUUCAUCCUCUCUCUACUCUCCGUUUUUUGUUGAGCUGCAGUUGAGGGAGAAAUGGAGUUUCAACCAUAUAAUGCAUAAACGUACAUCAUAAGUGUGCAGUUGCUAAAAAAUCCAUCACCAUUCAUUCUUCCAGAGAAUUCAUGUUGAUUACUAAAUAUUCAUUCCAAAUGGCAAACUCUGUUGCCUUAAGUUCUUUGGGUCUCCUCAAUUAUGGUUUAAUUCCGAGCACAGCUAUUUGCCAUGGUAGAUGGGUAAAACGCAUUUCAGGAUCAUCUGGAUCAUUUAGAAUACGAGCGGUCCAAGAGAAUGAAGGUCCCCGACGAUUGGUUGAUAUUAUACGAAUUGUACCAGAUAUAUCAAGGAAUUACUUCAGAAGUCCUUCCCGGAGGGCCCUUUUUGGAGGUAUAUCUUUGUUGGGUGGCUUUUACGUGGCACAAACAAUAUCUCUAUCUUUUGGAGCUUUAGGUGUUAAUGAUGUAAUUGCUGCUGUUUUAUGUGUUCUAAUCACGGAGUAUGUGACAAGAUUCUAUUACAGUCGGCCAAAGGUCACUUUCCCUCUUGCCCUGCUAAACAAUUUCAAGAUGGGUUUUACGUAUGGUCUCUUCAUUGAUGCCUUUAAACUUGCCAGUUGAAUAGAUCUGAGUAACUUACCUCCCUAUGAAACAUGCUUUCCGUGGGACGUUUCUUAGGUUGUUGCAUCCUUCAAGACUGGAGAACUAAAUUUCAGUGCGUACACAGUAUUGCAUCAUGAUGAUUCAUGUUAUUAAAUCUCUUUUGAUUUAUUUAUCAUUCACUACUUGGUGCACUCGUCAAUAUUAUAAGUCUAUAUAGUUCCCCAUUCUCUUCGUAUUUCUCAAGGGUAAGAAAGAAGGAAUUAGAUUUUAGAAGCUUUUUCUCCAAGUGCUGAGAAAAAAACCAUGUCUUGUAUCAGAAGUUUAUUGCACUGGUGUAAUACAGAACUUCUACAAUCACAACUUUGUUAAAUUACAUUUUCUUGUAAUAUUUGGUGUGCUCAUGGCUGCUUUACUUUGUAA